AUGGAACAAGAAGUAAAGGAGUCCAAAACUACAGAAACUGAAUGGUCUCCGAGUCUGACAGAGAUAGAGAAGAUCAUAGGGUACAGUUUUAAUGACAAAAGCUAAUAACAACAAGCUUUCACACAUCGUUCGUAUAAUUAUAAUGAAGAAGAAAUUUGUUCAUCCUACGAACGACUCGAGUACGUGGGUGACGGCGUGCUCAAUCUUCUCAUCACCAAAGAGCACUACUUCCUGUAUCCCGAUCCACCGCCGGGAACGUUCACCCGCCUCCGUUCGGUCAAUGUCAACUCGGAGAAGCUCGCAUGUGCCGCAGUCAAACAUGGGCUUCACAAUUAUUUACGUCACAAUAAACCUCUUCUUAAUGGACAAAUUCGGGACUUCAUGAAAGCGAUUCCGGAUUAUCCUCUGCAUUCCAAUGGCUUGAUCGAUGCACCAAAAGUGCUUGCUGAUAUUGUUGAAUCCACAUUAGGGGCCAUCUUCGUUGACAGCAAUUUGUCUUUGGAUGUUACAUGGAAGGUGGCCAAGAGUUUGCUGAAACCUACAAUCACACCAGAACAACUGCAGCUACACCCUGUUACAAAGCUAAACGAGCUAUGUCAGAAGAGUAGAUGUGAAAUGCAAUUUGUAGAUCUAUGGAAGGAGUCUGAAGUUAUUGAGGUUUUCGUAAAUAAUGAAUUUGUAGGAAAAGGAAAAUAUUGGCCUAAGAGAUUAAUCGCGAUAAACAGAGCAGCAAACAAUGCAUAUAACGAAAUCGUGAGAAAGUUAAAUGUGAAAGACAAUAAUUAG